AUGACUGCAGACAUAUGGAGGAAGAAGACUCUGCCGUCACUCAAGACGGCGCAGCCCCCGGUACAGCAGUACGAGCCGCUGGUGGAACAAGCCGACCCGGUCGAGGCCAAGGCCCCCAGAACUCUCACCAGGGCAUUGCGGUCCUUAAGCAGCUCAUCGCUCGAUUCCAUCAACAAUGGCGGGCCAAGGCGAUCAAGCUCGAUGCGCCGGCUCCAGAAAGUACCUUCCAGCUCCAGUACUAUGUUGGAUAGGCUACAUCGCCGGGUGUCGAGAGACUCAUCCAUACCGCCCUCGCCUGCGGACAUGCCUGGAAGUCCGAUAGACCUCUCCUUCUCGGCCAUGGAGAUCAUCAAGUGCGGGCCGCUCAAAACCGACGUUUCCUUGCUGAAGGCGCGCACAGAAUACCUCGUCCUGACAGACCACUGCCUGGUCAAAGUCGGCAGCGUCGAGGCUGCGCGAGGCGUUUUCCCUCAGUUAGCAGUCUCCGAGGCCUAUGAGUCGCAGCCGGAUGCUCGGUCCGCCUUGACUGCCAAAUCAGCAGUAUCGGAGAUUCGAUUCGAGGUACCUCUACACUCGCUCGUCGCGGUUUUCGUGGAGGAGGGAGCGAGCCCACGUUUUGGCCUCGAGCUGUGGUGGUUCUCGCCUUGCCCGCGCUUGGCUUAUUGCAAGGCUCAUCUGUUUUUCUCCACGCCCAAGGAAAGAAACGACUGGCUUGGAUCGAUUCACAGCAUGUGCAGGGUGCGGCAUCGUCAAUCGAAUGCUCAUGCCGUGGUCUCAGACAACUUGAGGAUUCGCAUUGAUCACAUUGUGGCUAAUCAUGAGACACCAUUCGCCGAUGGGCCAUCAAAGAAUCUGAUUUUCCCCGUCGCGAAGCGAAUCGUCGGCAUCGCCCAGAAGCCCCACGCUACCGAGGACAGCCAGCAACACGUAGACGGAUCAUCGUUCUACUUCGUUAUUGGGCCCUACAUGUGUUAUCUUAUCGAGGUAUUGAAAGCUGAAUAUGGCACGCCUGCUGGAGAGCUCCGCGUCAAAUCUAGCCAUUUCGGCACGGUUACCAUGGUUGGAUUCCGGGCCUCUGUGGCCUCGCACGAACAGAGGUUCUUGAUGAGCUUUCGGCGAAUCAUCGAGGCACUGCUCCGCGUCGAUCGCAUUCUCAAGCCCAUGUGGCCUCAGCACUUCCAGCAGAGUAUCUUCGAUAUCAAGGGGCUACCGCCACCUCUGCAAUUGACAUCGGGCAACGACCUUGGAGGGAUCGAGCGCAGUCUCCAGGCCUACUGUGCUGCGUUCCACACAAGCAUGCCACAUUGGACAGUUGAAUGGUGCACAUCCUCGCAGCCUGUCUUCCGGCUGAUGCAGUCGGAAAGUUCACCGUACUCCCCAGCGCAACUCAUGGCUGUCUUUCGGGCACUGCGAUACAACAGCUUUUUCAAGGGCAUCUCCUUUCGCAAUGUAGACUUGUCGCCUCUUGCCGCCAGGAAGGACUAUUCGCCGUAUGGUGAAGGGGUUGUCUACACCUCUCUCAACGGCUGCAAGAUAACGAAAGACCACUAUGAUGAUCUGAUCGAAUCACCCGCGUUGACUCAAGAAUUCCAUGCGCUGCUGUUUGCAUCUGAGUCGAUCCGCUGCAUCGACCUUACCAACUGUCUUGGGAUCCGAGACAAACGAUCGUCCCAGGCGCGCGUAUCCGUAGAUUAUGCAAGCUGCCGACGGACUAGCUCCGAGAUCGUGCGUCCUAUCCUGGCACUGGCGCGUGCAGAGCUUUGCACGUGCCACAGCAUUACCAUGUCAGGCAACCCAUUGUUGUCGAGUGAUGUUGACGAGCUUGCCAGUCUGCUCGUCCUCGAUCACGUCCACUUCAGGAAACUAGAGCUCGCGGGAUGCAGUCUUGGAGACGCAGGUCUGUCAAAGCUCGCGGUUGGAUUAGCGGGACAGAUGGACUCACUUCAGGUUCUGGAUAUUUCCGACAAUCAGGGCGUUGUCAAGUCGGAUGUUCUUCGACAUAGCCUCAACCAACUUCGAGUACUCAGGAAGCUGAAUAUUGCGAGCAGCACACGCCUUGACAGCCGUUGCCCCGUUGUCGAUGAGGCGGCUAUUCACAACUGGUCCUUGAACGAACUGGACCUGUCAUGCAUAGCGCUCAAUGAGGCUACAGUGGAUGUCUUGGCAGGCUAUCUGCAGAUGGGCAAGUCUCACUCAAUGCAGACUUUGCGUCUGAACAAAUGCGGACUCACUGGACGGCAGCUCGCGAGAAUUCUACGGUCGAUGGGCCAGGCCCGCAAGGUGACCGUUCAUGCCAACGGCAACCGCCUCGAUGAAGGGAUUGAUGACUUGUGCGGGGCCAUCGCAUGCGGCUUUGCCCCCUGGAGCUUGUUCUUGCAAAUGGUGGAGUUCAACCAUGAAAUCAACUACACAAAGCUCUGGAAGGCCCUGACAGUCAAUAAGACCAUCGAGUGCCUCAGCCUGGCGGGGUCAUCGACGCCGGACGCAGCCAGCGCUGAGGCGUGCCAGGCAGUAUCCGACUUCUUCGUCAACAAUGACACUGUACGCUUUCUUGACAUAUCUGGCUACGAUGCCAAGCUUGACGAAGGGAGACUGGGCAAGGAGUUCUCACGUGCCUUGAUUGGCAUGCGUUCCAACAGGCGGAUCGAGCACCUGCGUGUGCGCAGCCAGAUGCUCAACGUCAACAUUGGCGAUCUCGCCGAGGCUGUUGGGGGAAAUGACACGCUUCACACCCUGGAUUGUGAAGACAACGACUUCAACCUCUCCAACUUCCGCCACCUUGUGAAAUACCUAGAGUCGAAUACAGCCAUUCGACAUUUCUCGGCGUUUUCGCCUCAGGAGCUCGACCGAUCCAUGCGCAAGGUUGCCUCUAGCGUGAGCAUCGCCACGCCGAAAAGGCGCUCAUCUGUGGUCUCGAGGUUCAGGCAUGACAAGGCACCGGCUCCAUCUGGAGAUAAGGCUCUCGUCCAACAGCUCAAAGACCAGUGGGAAACGGUGAUCGCAGAGCUGGAACAGAUCCUCCAGAGAAACAAUCGACUGCACGAAGAAAGCAAAUAUUCAGAUGAUGAGGUGGAGUCCCAGAACGCUGCUGCCACGGACGGAACUUUCUGGGCCUCGUUCGGAGGGCUCGCCAUCAGGGAACUCGAGUCGCGACGAAGCAACAGUCUAUCCAAACAAGGGUCGCCGAGUCCCAAAUACGCCCCCGAGAGCCCCCGUGGCGCACACGGUUCUGGGGCACUACGGCGCUCCGACUCUGCUGCCUCGAGCGCAGCCGUAAGUCCAACCAGCAUUGGUGAUGGCAGUUUCAGCACGCCUGACCAGACACCACCCGAGGCGGAAAGCCCUCGCGGAGGCUCAGUUGCCUCGAAUCCAGAAGCGCCCUUUCACGAUUCUGAUGGCAAUUACACGUACUUCGACGCGCAGGCCGCAGACCAGGGCUUGCAGAUGAAGGGACACAGACGGGCGUGGAAGGAGACGGUAGGGUGCAUUAAAGAGGAGGAUUGA